ACAAACCGUCGCCAUUAGAGCUUCGCCUUACAGCAUGAUCCUCGGUCGCGUCUUCCAGCCGCUUCGCCGGCGGCGCCGGCCGCUGCUCCCCCAGACCACAUUCCUCCGCCGCCACGGCGCCCUGGCAAACCACCCCAGCCCGUACACAGCCCUUCCCGCCCACCGCGGCCGCCGCUCUGCCCGCGCGGUGUUCGACGAAACGCCGCACGAGGACGCCGUCGCCUACGCCAACCUGAUCGACCUCCACCUGAGCUGCGGCGACCUCCCGCGCGCGGAGGCGCUCUUCCGCGCGGCGCCCACGGCCGCCCGCGGCCUCCGUCUGGACACCGUGAUGCUUGAUGGGUACUUCAAGGCCGGCCGCGUCGACCACGCCCGCAGGCUGUUCGACGGAAUGGCGGUCAAGAGCGUCGGCGCGUGGACCCGCAUGGUCUCAGGGUACUGCCGUGCCGGGCGCGUCGAAGAGGCGCGCGGGCUGUUUGAGGUGAUGCCGGCCCGCGACGUCGUCUCGUGGACGGCGAUGUUGCAGGGGUACGCGCGCAGCGGGAUGAUGAGGGAGGCGCACGGGCUGUUCGACGCGAUGCCGGCCCGCGACUUUGUCUCAUGGACGGCGAUGUUACAGGGGUACGUGCGCAGCGGGAUGCUGAGGGAGGCGAGGGAGCUGUUCGACCAGAUGCCGGAGAGGAACGUGGUCACCUGGACGGUCAUGGUGAAGGCCUACGCCGACCACGGCCACUUCCAGGAGGCCGUGGAGCUGUUCGACAGGAUGCCUCAGAGGAACCUGUAUUCCUGGAACAUAAUGAUCUCUGGUUUCUUCCGCGCUGGGAACGUGGACGAGGCGGUUCGGCUGUUCGAGAGGAUGCCAGAUAGGAAUGCUGUUUCUUGGACCACGAUGGUCACAGGCUUAGCGCAGAACGGCCGUGUUUUGAUGGCACGAGAGUUCUUUGACAGAAUGCCAGAAAACAGGGACGCCGCGGCAUGGAAUGCGAUGAUUACUGCUUAUGCCAACAAUGGCCAGAUGAACAAGGCUCGGAGAUUGUUCGAUUCUAUGCCCGCAAAGGACCUGGUGAGCUGGAGUGCUAUAAUCCAUGGCUAUGCCAAAAACAAGCACAAGGGCGAAGUCAUGGGUUUAUUUCGUCUCAUGCUCCGGUCAGCAGUAUCCCCUGACAGAUUUACAUUGAUCAGUGUCUUGGUUACAUCCGAGAGCACAGUUGAAGUUGGGCAAAUCCAUGGCUUGGCUGCCACACGAGGUCUCCUGUCAGACACCUCCUUAGGAAAUGCUCUGCUCAUCAUGUAUUCAAGGAGCGGUGACCUGCACUCCGCCUGGCAAGUUUUCAAAAUGUUACAAGAGAAGGAUCCCAUCACAUGGACAUUGAUGAUGCGGGCCUUUGCCAACCAUGGCCGUGCCUCCUACGCGCUGCAGGCCUUUGCUCAGAUGUUGCAACAUGGAUACAAGCCCAGCUCGACCACCUUUAUCGCCGGUCUCGUCGACAAAGGCCGUGCCUCCAGGGCGCAUUGCCGCCUAAGCGUCCAAGGUGGGACGCUUUAAAAACAAUGGUGGGCGAAGCUCUUCCAAAGUGUGAUGGUCCCUCUGGUUCAGGUUCGGGAGGCUACUACAUGGUUCUGGUCAACUUGUUUGCGUCAGGUGGGAUGUGGGAGGAGAUGGCAGGUGCGUAUAAGGCCAUGAAGGGGAGCCAGGUGUGGAGGACACCCGGGGUUAGCCAGAUAAUGGCGGAUGCAAAGGACCCGCACACUCUUCUCAAGGAUAAGAUGCAUCCGCAGUGGGAAGCGAUAUACGAGAUGCUGGACGACACGCUUGUCCCCCAGAUGAUGAAGUGGGAUUGUAACAGUGUGAGCUGGUUGAUGCAGUUGCAAACUUGCAUCAGCUGACUGAUCUCUUUGAACUUUUAGGGUAAUCGAUCUCUUUGAUGUCAAGCUUAUUACGUCCCACACACAAUGCUUUGACACACAGUACAGAUAUAUGAGAUGCUGGACGACGCACUUGUCCCUCUGGUGAAGGUGAAUUUAACAAAAUACCAUAUUCUA